AUGUCAAUGGCAACAUUAUACUCGGCGCCAAUCCGAGGACAUCGGCCAGCUCCCGCACUGGGCCGUCAUAUAAUAUCACCAUGUAUGCUUCGGCAGCAGAUCUUCGCCGGCGCAACACGACAACCUACCAGACAAUUCGUCGCUACCUCCAGAUCAUCCUUCCACCGAACAACAAACAAAUACCAAAGCAAUGAGCGGUUCGGCACCAGACUACGCGGUGCGCUAAAAGACACAAAAGUAAAAUGGUAUCCUAUACCAGUUGGUUUAGGCAUUGGGUUCCUCGGCCUGGUUCAGUUCUACAAGACACAAUCUCGCGAGAAGGAAAGGAUUGAAAGAGAAGGUUUUGAGGGUGAGGAGGGGCGUCCUAAGAAACGACCAAGAAUACGACCAGAAGGGCCAUGGCAAGUUCGAGUAAUGUCGACGUUGCCCUUGAAGGCCAUGUCCAGGUUAUGGGGCAAGUUCAAUGAGCUCACUAUCCCGUACUACCUCCGCGUCCCCGGCUUCAAGCUCUACGCAUACAUCUUCGGCGUGAACUUGGACGAAGUCUCCGAGCCAGACAUCCGUGUAUAUCCAAACCUCUCUGCCUUCUUCUACCGAACACUGAAACCCGGCGUCCGACCCCUGGACCCCAAUCCGAAUGCGCUGCUAUCGCCAGCCGAUGGGCGUGUUCUCCAGUUCGGCAAGAUCGAAGGCAACGACAUCGAGCAGGUGAAGGGCAUGACCUACACCAUCGACGCCUUACUAGGGAAGAACACACCCACGCCUAGCCUAUCCGACAAGCAACCCGAGCCGGUCAACCAAUCCUACAAGCCCACAGCCCCAGGCCACAGCGGCGAGGAGCUCGUCUCUUCCGAAGAGGAGUUCGCGCGCGUGAACGGCAUCUCCUACACCCUGCCCAACCUCCUGUCCGGGGGCGACGAGUCCCACGACAGCCCCAAGCAACAGAAACUCGAGGAUCAAGCCGCCGACCCAUCCAGCCCCGGCGCCGUCUCCGAAGUCCGCGCUGACCUCGCCCUCGGCGAGAAGCCCUGGUACGCGCUGAUCUCCCCGGACAACCGCACGGCCCUCUACUACGCCGUCGUGUACCUCGCGCCAGGCGACUACCACCGGUUCCACUCGCCCGCAAACUGGGUCGUCGAGCGACGGCGCCACUUCGCCGGGGAGCUGUACUCCGUGUCCCCGUACCUCCAACGCACGCUACCGGGGCUCUUCACGCUAAACGAGCGCGUCGUCCUCCUCGGCCGCUGGCGCUGGGGCUUCUUCAGCUUCGUCCCCGUCGGCGCCACCAACGUCGGCUCCAUCGCCAUCAACUUCGACAAAGAAUUGCGCACCAACUCCCUGCUCACCGACACCGCCGCCGACCGCGCCGCCGACGAGGCCGCCGCCCGAGGGGAGCCCUACGCCGGCUUCGCCGAGGCCACCUACACCGCCGCCAGCGCCGUCCUCGGCGGCCACGCCCUCCGCCGCGGCGACGAGAUGGGCGGCUUCAAGCUGGGGAGCACCAUCGUCCUCGUCUUCGAGGCCCCCGCCGCCGGCGCCAAUCACCCGGGAGCCAAGGGCGGGUUCUCCUGGGCUGUGGAAAAGGGGCAGAAGGUUAAGAUGGGGCAGGCCUUGGGGUAUGUGGAUGAGGAAUAA